AUGUUGAUUGAAGAGCAUGACAAGCGUCGUGCAUCAUGGAGUGACAUUCUCGCGAUCAUAGCUUUAAUCUUUGGUGGUUGCUGUACAAAUGUCAUUGCUUUAGAAAGAUUAGUUGCAGAUGCUCCAAAAAGUGGAAACCUGUUCACUUUAGCACAAUUCUUGUUCAUUACCGGUGAAGGCUUUCUUUACAAUCUUGAUUUUUCUUCGUCCGUCCCACAACUUAAGAAACGGGGGGUUCCCUUAUACCGCUGGUUUUUGCAAGUAGUAAUGUUUUUUACGGUGUCAGUGUUGAAUAAUAUAGCAUUCGGAUAUAGGAUAUCCGUACCUUUACACAUUAUUUUUCGUAGUGGUGGAUUGAUUGUCAGUAUGAUAUUGGGUUGGACAAUAAGAAAAAGAAGAUAUUCAAUAGAACAAGUUAUCGCAGUUGUGAUGGUUACUAUUGGUGUCAUUCUUGCAACUAUUAGUUCAUCCGAUGUUGGUAUGGAGGGGGAUGCCACUGUUGGAACACCAGAAUACGUGACUGGUAUCUCGUUACUUUCAAUCACAUUAGUAUUAUCAUGUUUUAUGGGUUUAUAUCAAGAGUUUACAUAUGAGAAAUAUCAAAGCGAUUGGCGUGAAGGGCUAUUCUACACGCAUUUUUUGGCAUUACCGCUCUUUUUAUUGUUUUAUUCUGAUAUCAAAGACCAAAUCCAAGUUUACAAUGAAUCUAUGUUGACGCCACUGAGUAAGAUAUUACCUAUUCCUGAUGGAUUCCAAAAUAUUUCGACUUGUUGUACUUUUCCAAGGACAUGGGUUUACCUCUUCAUAAAUGUUCUUACUCAGUAUGUGUGCAUUUCGGGAGUUCAUAAACUGCAAUCCGUAGUCACUGCGUUAACGUUAAAUCUAGUUUUGAAUAUUCGAAAAUUUACAUCUCUUGUUAUUUCAAUAUGGUUGUUUAAUAAUAAGCUUCAUUCCGGGAUUGUAAUCGGAGGUCUUUUGGUAUUUGUGGGAACUUUAUUAUAUUCCAUUGGUGCUAAUAAGCCUAAAGAACCGAAAAUCAAUGAACAUUCGGAGAAAAUGUUUAAAGAUUCGGAUAAAGACAUUUGGAAUGCUAGAACUAUUGAACGACUUGCAGAGUUAACAACUAGUUCUACCGGAAGGAAUAGCAUAACUAGCACUCCAGUCAAACGGGAAUCCCCAAAUAUAGUCAGUAAAAAUAUAGGAAAAAAGUAUAAAGCUUCCUCGUUACCGGCAUCUCCAAAUAAAAUCAACGUUUUACAAAGACGGGUAUUAGAACAGCCUAAAGUAAACACGUUAAAUUCUGCUAGUAGCAAUGGUGGUUUACUUACAAAGGAUCGUAAAACAAAUAAUUUCGCAAAAAAGAAUAAUACCGUUAGUUCAGCGACGUUAUUUGAUUUUUUCAGUCGUCCAACGGAAUCGAACUGUAGUCCAAAUAUUAGAAAAGGUACUCUAAAAGGAAAAUUAGAAAAUGAAGCAAUCAACAUAAUAACGUCAAAAUAUUGGAAUUUAUCUGAAGCUACAACCAUACUUAAAUUGGAAAAUGCUGACUCUAAUAGCCAAAGUGAUUCUAAUGUUCUGUGUGAUAACGAUAAUGGGAAUAACAUUUUUGAUAAUGACACUCAAUAUAAGGAUGAAACUCUUGGUAAAGAUGAGAGUACCCGCAGCUUUGUAAGAUCGAAUUCGAAGAAAGAAUGCCCGUGGUACAAGAAAUUACAGGAUACGAACAUAACGGUUGAUGCAUUCAAGUAUGGAAAUAUCCCGAAUUGUACCGCCUACUUCCUGAGUCAUUUCCACUCCGACCAUUAUAUUGGGUUAUCCUCAAAAUGGUCACAUGGGCCUAUAUAUUGUUCAACAGUGACUGGCAAUUUAGUUAUUCAGCAAUUACGUGUUAAGCCUCAAUAUGUUCGAAAAUUGCCCAUGAACGAAGAGGUUGCCAUUGAUAAGACUAAUACUACAGUCACAUUAAUUGAUGCAAACCACUGUCCGGGAUCUGCAUUAUUUUUAUUCAAAACCAAAUUUGCUGACGGUAAAAUUAAGCGAUACCUUCAUACUGGUGAUUUUCGAGCAUGUCCACGUCAAGUGCUUCAUUCAGCAAUAGCACAACCUGAUAAUCCGCAAAUAGAUAUUUUAUAUCUUGACACUACUUAUUUGAACGAGCGAUAUUGCUUUCCAGCUCAGGAACAGGUUGUCAAUGCUAUCAUACAAUUGAUCAAAGAAGUGAUUAAGAAUGGUGAAUUACUUCCUCUGAAGCGCAUGAAGAAGACCAUAAAAGAACAAGAGGAUAAAUCGCAGAUGGUAUUGGAUCAAUGGUUCAAAGGAAAGCCAAAAGAAGAGUUGACUCAUUCAGAUUCAGAUUUAAACAAAGAAGAGGAGGAUUCUAUAGAAAUUUUAGACACAAAUUUAUCCACUACAAGUAUGAAUAUCGAUGAAACUGAACAGAAAUGUGUUAGUUUGCAGGAUAGUAAAAUUCUGAUCGUUGUCGGCACUUAUUUGAUUGGUAAAGAGAAGGUUUUCUGGGGUAUCGCGAAGGCAUUAAACUCUAAAAUCUACGUGUCAGAUGCCAAACGAAAAAUGAUUAUGUGUCAAGAAAACCCUGAGUUGGAAGCGCUUUUAACAGGCAACCCUCAAGAAGCUUCUGUGCAUGUUAUGUAUUUGACAAAAAUAAAACCAGAGGAAUUAAUAUAUUAUCUCCAAAAUCUGCAACCAACGUUUAAACAUGUCAUGGCAUUCCGACCAACCGGUUGGGCCUAUAAACCCUCUACUUGUGGGGCAUUUACGACAUCAUCUACAACCGAUGUGAUAUUGAAUAGUGCACCUUCUUAUACUAUGGAUUUGAUAACUCCAUCAUAUAAUUCCCCAACUUGUCAAAUAUUUGGAGUUCCUUACUCUGAACAUUCCAGUUUCCGUGAGCUUGCAGCAUUCAUCAUGUCUUUGAAUAUAGGUCGAAUUAUACCAACAGUAAACAUUGAAUCUGAAGAAAGUCGGAAAGAGAUGGAUUACUGGCUAAAUAAAUGGCAGAAUGAAAAGAAAAAGAAUAAAAAUGUUAGAAUUGCACCAUAUUCUAUUAUCGAUUAUUGGUAG